AUGCCUCGUCCCAUUGCUCUCAAGCGCCCGGCUCGAUCAUCAUCUGGAAGUACAUUUAUAUCUUGUAAUCAGACAGCAGCGAACAGCUCAGAAUUCCGUACAGCUCCUUCAGCAAAGAGACACAAGACUAUGGACGACCAGUCCCAACUAUUCCAAAUGUCAGGAUCAUUAGAUUGGAACGCACUUCUACCCUCUGGAAAUGGGUUCAAAGAAAGCUUGAAGGCUGCCUCGACUGCCUUAGCACCGCACAUCAAAAGCUUCGAGCAGCUCUUAACAUCUAUCAGCGAUGAACAUCGCAGACUCACCAUUCUUGAGCGUAGUCUCUUUUCUAAAAAGGACGAGCUAGCAAAGGACCUGAAAAAAGCCCAGGAAGCCUUCGAGGAUGUUGAGAAAACAACAGCCACCGAGAAUAAAAUGCUCAGAGACCUCGAAGAUGUCCUCAACAAAUAUCCAAAAGAUAACGAACUUCGCACGUUCCUAGACAAGCGAAAAAAGGCUAUAGUCGAACAUCAAGAAGUGUAUACUAUCGUCAAAAGUCAACUGGACAACAGGUCAGCCGGACUUUCCGAAACCGAAAAUGAGAUUGCGCUGGUCACCAAGAGACUCGGUCAGCUUGAGGCUGCAAGGGCUGAGGUCGUGAAGGAGAAGGAGGGAGUUGAUAAGGCGGCAAAACGAUUGAUAUUUAUGUCUCGGUUCAUGGAGCCUGGCUGGCAAGCUACUCUGGACAUGCUUGAGCAGGUUUUGGGGGAUGAAGCUCUGCGGACUGCCUUCUGUGUAACGACCCUCACAACCUCAUUACGCGUGCCCCAUAAGUCCCACCAAUCGGCAUGA